GCCUUAGUUACAACUCUGGCGUCUUGUAGCUAUUGUAGUAUUGAAAAGGGAAAAAAUAAAUGGUUUUCAUGGUCUUGCGGAUAUCAAGCAUUUAUAUUGCAAUUCUGUGGACUGGAUAAAUAAAAGGUUACCAGAAAAUGAAUUUAUUUUUACAUUAUUUUUAAAUAAAGAGCCUCGACAAAUCCUCGUUGACAUUAAAAGUAAUAAAAAUAAGCAUCAUCACAAAUGAAAUGAAUGUAAAUGGGAAAUUCAUGAAAGCAUCGGGUAAUGACAAUCGGCAAUGGUCGAUGGCAGUAGUAGUCAGUAUCAUUAGUAAUGGGGGGAAAGGUAGUCUUAAUAACAGUCUUUCGUAAAUAAAUUAUUAAUUAAUUAAUCAAAAUUAAUGGUCUUAGCUCGUCUUAGGCUUGCCUGCCUAGCCCCUAAGCCCUAACCUUAAAAAUAAAAACGUGAUUUUUAAUAGCCGAAAAAGCUGAAGUGGUAAAUGACCAACUUGAACCAUCCAUAGUAUCAUAGUCAUAAGAAUUAGGGCCAAUAAGGGGGAUAGCACAAUUCAUAUGAAUGAAUAUUUACUAUUUAAGUCUUAGUUAUCCUACUAUUUGUAUUUCGUCCCAACUUUUUUAUGAAUCAGUAAAUGAAACAAUCAUAUUUUUUUUUAAAAUAAAAAACUUGUAAAGUAUUGUCAUUGACAUAUUAUUGAUCAAGGCCUGUGAGUGUGAGUGUAUUUUUCAUUUUGUCUGGAGUAAAACUGUAGUAUCUUAUCAGUUCAAUUGUGAUGAGUCUAAUUAUUAAAAAUUUUCUUCAAGUAUACGUUAGUUCAGGUUGGGAAGAGGAUACCAUUAUCAUGAUUUAUUAUUAUCAGAAAACAAUAAUUUUAUUUUUAAAAUUAAAAUAAUUAUUAAGUUUUUAAAAAUAUUUUACUAAAAGAAUUACAUUUAUUUAUUUUUUAAAUUUCAAAUAUUUUUUUAUAUUUAUUUGAAUUUCAAGAGUUACUUUCUUGCCUAUCAACUUUAUUAUUUUUAGAAGUUUAAUAGUUGAGCAAUGAAUUUAAAAUGGAUGAUGGAUGAAAUUGUUUUUGAUUUCAUAUAAUCAAAUGAUGGCUAUAUAUAGAUUAUAAAAUUCACUGUUUUCAUGCAUUUUGCUUAUUAAUUAUUGUCUCCAGCAGGUCAUCCGUGAUGGAUGGCAACGAGGUUAAACUUUCCAUCGAGGAGAGGGAAAGGCUGAUGGCAGAUGAGGUGCCUCACCAUCUGGGAUUCACACCUCGCCCAAUCCAACGAUUAUCCACACAGGCCAGACCACAGUCUAUGGUGGAUAUUGAGUGUAGGCACUUUCUAAGAACUCAGAGCAAAGAUUUUACGAGAGAGAUACCCACUUUGGAAUAUAUUUUGUGGGUUGAGGCUGGUAAGUCUCCCGCACCAGUACCAGCUCGCCCAGACACCAGCUACAACAGCAACAUUUGGAGGAACUUCCGACGUCAGUAUGGACUCAACUUCUCAGCUGAAGGAAGGAAAAUAUCUGAAGUGAUUGCAACAAUGUACCCCCUCAAUAUUCCUGCUCCCUCACAGCUUGCUGGAAACUCAUAUGAAAAAUAUCUCAAAGAGAGUAAAUUAUUUCAAGAUUCAAAUAAGAAAAGUUUGGCUAUAGAGAGAAUUAGGAAGGAAAUCAAACACUUCAAGGAGCUGAAAGUUAAAUCUGAUGCAAGAAAUCCUCCUCUUAGUGAACGAGGUAAGAAACAGUCUUGGUGUUUUUAUUAAAAUUUACAAAGUAUAAUCCUAAAUAUGUUGGGUGCAGCUUUCUUUUAGAAUUUAAAAAGUUUUUUUCUAACAAACUCAGCUGACAACAUUAUAAUAUAAUAAGAAAGAGUCUUGCCCCAUUGAAUCUUAGACUGACCACGUUACAAAACAAUAAGACCAAAAAAAUUAAGAAAGAAGCGCAUACCCCCAUUGAAUGCAACAAAAAAAUGUACCAGGUAAUCAAGAAAAUUAUUAGUAUUUUACUUUUAUUUUCCCCAUGUUUUACCACAACAAAAAAUAGUCUCAUGCCUUGCGCAAAAUUCACAUUUAAAUGAUAUGAUUUUAUUUUAUUGCAUAAAAAAGGAUUUAAUUAUUUUGUUCAUAUUCAUGGUACUAUUCAAACAAGAAUAUAUUAAAAUUGAAAUAAUCAAUCUCAGAAGUGACAGACAUUCUUAAAAUAUUUCUAUGGAUUAAAUUUGAACAAUAUAUGUAUAUAUAUUUUAAUGUAGUAUUAUAUAUUAUUUUUAUAUUUUAUUUACUAUGAAUAAAAUAGACAAUUUUUUUCAUCAGGUGACAUACUCCCUCCAGAAAACUUCAAACAGUACGCUCAUAGAUUCAUACCUGUGCCUUCCCCCCCUCCACCACCCCCACCUCUUGACCAAAAAACAGAUUUGUUUGGCAGACGUUACACGCCACGGUCUCAACCGCUUCUCUGGAAGCUAACCUACAGGUUAAACCACCCAGAAUAUCAAAAACUCAGAGAGGAAAUAAGGAAACAAAAAGAGGCAAUGGAAAUGAGGAGGAAAGUUUUUCACAAAACUCCAGAUUUAAAACUCUCUCCGAUACAGGAGAGUAAAUAGGAACUGAAAUCGGUCCAGGACUAUUUUCUAGUUUUUAUUUCAUGCUGUUACGUGCAACAAUUAUUACUGCUUUAGAGUGGGGAAAAAAUGAGAUAUGGUGCAAUUUUUACCAAUAUUCCAACUUAAAUUUAAAAAUUAUGCCCUAUGUGAUGAAAAUGGGUGUUGGUUUGCCAAAAUUAUUUUCUUGGAGGAUCAGAAAUACAAUUAUAAUUUAGUACUGGUACCUUUAGUUCAUUUUGAGACACCACAUUGAUUUUUGAUUUUUUUCAAUUAGGACACAUGUAAGGGUUGAGUUAGGUCAGUGAUUCUCAAACUAUUACACUUUUACCAUGAAUGGUACAUUACAUUCUCCUCUGCAUCUAAGUAGGCAACACUUAAAAAAAAAGCCACAAAAAUAAAAUGUUGCCUUGAGAAUUUUAAUUAUUAUUUUAGGUAUCAAAACUCAAAAUCAUUUUACACAAUGAUGGUUUAUUUAUUUAUUAUACAUAGUUUAUAACUAUUUAUAAAGGAGAGGGAUGUGAUAGGCUUAAUGCAAUUUUUUGUGAUAAUCACUUUUAAAAAAGGUUUUUUUCUAUGUAUCACAUUACUAUAUAAAAUAGCACAUUCCAGUAUUAUAUGAUAUCUGCACAAUGUAUUCACUGGGUGCCUUUACAUUGAAAAAUCUUUGUCGUUUUUUUGUAAUGCUUUGGAACAGGUAUACUCUACCAAAUGAUGAUAUGGAGUGUGUGUUGAAAAUGUACACUUUACCUAUUGAUAUGGAGUGUGUGGAAAAUGUAUACUUGACAAAUUGAUGAUAUGGAGUGUGUGUUGAAAAUGUGUUUGUUACCCAUUGUCUCUAAUCCAUGUUGGGUGUAUGUAUUUACAUACAUUCUGAUAGGGUACGUUGCUGCAUCCAUGUACUGGCAUAUGUGCAACGCUUUGGGAAAUGAUGCGGCUAUCCUAACGGCUCCUAGUGGGUGCCAGGGCAGCCUUGAAACUCUUUACAUUAAUCAAGAGUCCACGGCGGCAUUGUCCAGUUGGCUCAAAGCAAUUAUAGUUUGUGGGAAGAAUUAUUGUUUAUAUUGAACUGUGUUACAUUUCCAACGAAUGGUCAGAACUUAUUUAUUUAUUUAAAUAAUCAAACUCUUUUCACAUGUGAUAAUUUUAAGAUUUAAAAAAAAAGAGUUUAAAACUGGUGAGAUAUUAAAUGUGAUUUAUUGGUAAAUAUUUUUCUGUUUCAUUUGACACUGAUAAUUUUGUUUUUAUGUCAGAUAAGUACCAAGCCAACUUGGCCACUGUCUUCAAACUUGUUUUUUAACUUUGGGUUUACCUCCUUAACAAAAUUGCUUUGUCAGAAUAAGAUGUUAGAAGACUGGGGAUAAUCGCGGACUCUCUCUGCCUCUUGGUCAGGGACUCCAAAAUAUUUUGAGUGCAUCUUUAUAGAUUAUAGCGGCUAAGAAUAAAGAUGCCCCCCCCCCCUCAUAGUUCACCGCCCCUGCUCUAAAAGGCUUGUUUAUUAUUUUUUAAAUGUAGUUUGAUUUUAAAUCAUAGCAAUGCUUUUGUUUUUUCAUUAAAUUUAUAAAAAAUUUCUGCUGAUUCAAUUAACUUUUUUUAGACAAAUAAAUACUGCUUUUGAACGUAGGCACGGAAAGAGAGUAUAUACUUAUAGAAAUAUGGAAAUUCU